AGAGCCCCAGCGCAUCUUUUUGCAUCAACAACUGUGUUUACUUUGGAUUUGCAGCAGCAGCGGUGUUGUCAUUGAAUAUCUAUAGAACGGUGCUGUAUUCUGAGCUGCUGAUUGGAAGAAUAUUUACUCAAGGCAGAACAGCGCUCCUCGCGUCAACUCUUAAACAACAAUCACAACAAACACAAACACAACACAAACACAUCCCGCGAUGCCAGCAGAUACAGACAACCUAGCAGCCACUCUGCAAGACCUCGCAGUAUCUUUACAGGCCUUUGAGCAGCAGCAACAGCAGCAACCACAGCAGUCAUCCACACCCGGACAGGGAUAUCUACCGACGGGGGAUAAUGACGAUGCCACAGCGUACCGGGAAGAGAGAUUGCUGCUAGAGCUCGAGCAGGUAAAGGCUAUGAACGCGUCGAUUGAUACCGUGCUGGAUAGCAUCAGAGUUGCCGAGUCAAAUCUUGACAGAGUCACUCGAACCACGAGAAAUGUCGACAGUUUACUAGACCUCUGGAUCCGGAUUCUGUCGCAAACAGAGCACACCCAGCGCCUCGUUUUCGACAGCGAGUGGGAGGGCGCCACAAAGGACGAGCAACUACACCAAGCCAGAUUGAUAGCUCUGGCUGCACAACAAGCGCAAGCUAGAGCGAAUGCGGAACGACGCGCGCAGGAAGCUGCGCUGGCGAACCAGAAGAAGAAAGAGGCGGAGGAACUCAAGCGGAGGCGCGACGCCGUGCUGCAGAAGCGAAUUUACGGAAAUAAACUUGGCGGUGGCGCGAAACCGGCGGCUUCGAAAUCUACCUCGAGCGCUCCAUCAACCGGGCGACGGCCUAUCAGCACCUCAUCCUCUCGAAGUACGUCCUCUCGGUCUACCGGUCUCGGGUCCUAGAUUAUAUCUCUGCUUAGUUGUUCAAGUUAUUGGGAUCUGAGGUACUGUAUGGCUAUUAGUUUUGUUUUAUCGUGGUGCUAGUAAUGAAAG